GAUAAUUACGGAGAGAAUUAUGGGAUUAGUUUUGUGGUUGUAAAUUAGGUAGAAUUAGUCGUAAAUUAGGUAGCCGACUGCUGUAAAUUGUUAACAUACUUGAGCAUCCUAUGUAUAUGUAAUUUCUAUAUAAAUGAAAGAGAGGGCAGAGAAAGGGUAUGAAGACCAAAACUGACAUGGUAUCAGAGCUUCUAUUCUGAUUAUCAUUUCUCUGUGGUCUUGAUCCUUCAGAAUUUCUGAGUUGCGACAAUAAUUUUCUGUUCUCACACGGGGGUGAGUUUUUUGAGUUUCUUGUGGGUUUGUCCUCUUAAGUGGCUGUCGGCAGCUGCAGGUGAUGUUUCUGCAACAAUAGACAUUUCCUGUGGUGGUUGACAGCAUUUGUGGGUGGCUUUGAGGCCACCGGAAGGUUCUGUGUGGCUAUCGGCAGUAUUUUCUUUCUGGGUCAUAUCCAUUUUUUGUGGUGCCAUGUUUUAUAUUUUUUUCCUGUCAUUACGGCAUCUUCAGGUUUCUUUUUCUCUCAAGAAACAUUUUCAGGUUUCCUUUUCGUGGACAAUAUUUUCUCUCUUGUGGGUCUUUUUUUUGUGGGCCGUGAGUCUCUUUUGCUCAAUAAGAGAGCAAAUAAAAUACAAAGCCCAAUAGUGAAGAGCUUCUUGCCGUGAGUUUUUAUUAUUAUUCUUUCCAUGGGCUAAUUUUGAGUGGAUCAUUUUGUGUUAGCCCAAUUGAUAUUCCUAUUAUCAUUUUGGAAACCUUGUGUUGCAAUACGUGUUUGGGCCUCUCUUAUUGGGUUAUUUUUUUUGUUCAUAGACUUUCAUAAUGUCUAUUGAAAAUACUAUUGUACGAUUUACUGGCAAAAAUUUUCCUAUAUGGGAAUUUCAAUUUAAGAUUUUUUUGAAAGGAAAAGAAUUAUCAAAUCAUAUUGAUAAUUCUGCAAAGAUUCCUACUGAUGAAAAAGAAUUUGCUCAAUGGGAGAUCAAGGAUGCCAAGGUAAUCUCCUGGCUAUUGGGGACCAUUGAGUCUCACCUUGUGACCAAUCUUCGCUGUUUUACUACAGCUCAGGCUAUGUGGGAUUAUCUUCACCGUAUUUACCAUCAAGAUCAUAGUGCUCGAAAGUUUCAAUUAGAGUUGGAAAUUAGUAAUUAUAGUCAAGGCAAUUUACCUAUCGCACAAUUUUAUUCCGGUUUUAUUAACCUUUGGAGCGAGUAUUCUGCCAUUGCUCAUGCAAAGGUUCCUACUGCGGCCCUCGCGGCUCUUCAAGCAGUUCAUGCUGAGAGUCAAUGCGAUCAGUUUUUAAUGAAACUUCGACCCGAAUUUGAGCCUGUUCGAGCUGGUUUAGUGAACCGUGAUCCAGUUCCUUCUUUAGACAUUUGUUUGGGAGAUUUAUUGCGUGAAGAACAACGGCUAUCCACUCAGAUAAGUAUGACUUCUGAGACUGUAAAUGUAGCCUAUGCAGCACAUGGGAGGGGGAGGAACAAGUUACAAUGUUUCAACUGCAAGGAAUUUGGUCAUAUUACUCGCAAUUGUCCAAAGAAAGUUUGUAAUUACUGCAAGAAAGAGGGCCAUAUCAUCAAAGACUGUCGAAUACGGCCUCAGAACCGCCAAUCCCAAGCUUUUCAGGCUGAUGUUCAGUCCUCUGCUUCUUCUUCUGUGCCUUCUACUGUAAGCUGUGAUUCAUCUGUUCUUACACCAGCAAUGGUCCAACGAUUGUGUCUGCUUUUACAGCCUUAGGCAUGCAAGGAUCAGGUGUCGGGGACGGUGAUCGUGAAGGGGCCUAAAGUAGGACGUUUGUUUCCCUUACAAUUUUCUAUUCCUAAUAAUGUUUCUCUUGCUUGUACGGCUACUGCCAAUACUCAUGAAAUCUGGCAUAAGAAAUUAGGUCAUCCUAAUUCUGUUGUAUUGACUCAUCUUCUGAGACAUGGUUUUUUGGGCAAUAAAGACUCAUAUUCUUCU